AAUUAUGUGGCAAUGUUCGAUCCCAAGGGAACGGGUUUCGUGCGACGCGAUGAUGUCUGCAACGCCCUCCAUUGGUACCCUAACGAACCAGGUUUCUUAGGAGACGUUGAAGUUCUUGCCAACGACAUGUCUCAGCGCAAACGGGAAUCUGUAAUCAAAAUCAUUUUGACUGCCCUUGCCACGAAGAAGCCCAAAAAGGAGAAGUUAAGAAUGGUAAAGAAGAAGCUGGACGCUCUCUAUGGCAGUGGAUGGAAUGUGUACAUAGCCGAGGGACGCUACUGGGCAGUGUGCUCUCACAAACCGGGCUCGAACCUAACUUUUAUCUACCACGGACGUGAGAGACAGAUCCAUGAAAAUUUGCCUGCAGAAGACUACUCUGACAGUCAAGCGACCUACAAACGCAUGAGCACAAUAGGAAACGCAGAUUGCAGCACUCUGCUUCGCUACUUCGAUGAGUUGAAUGAAUCCACCAACAGAGUUUUAACCACUGAUUUUCGGAACCAUCUCCUGCGAUGGGGAAUUCCCAAGGACACCGUUGAGAACUACAUGCCCCGAUUUGAUCCUAAGAAGACCGGAUACAUCACUAGGAAGGAUCUCUGCAGUGCAUUGAAUUACUACCCGAAUGAGCCAUCCUUCUUAAAGGACGUUUACAUCAUUGAAUCGGAUGCGCCACAACACCAGCGAGAGUCGAUCAUCAAAAUCAUUCUGGAGGAAAUGAAACACGGCGGGCACCCUAAGGCACAGUUAAUAAUAAUCAGCAUGGAAUCGCGUCAGAAGGCUUCAGACGACAAAUUCACGCCUGCUUUCCUCCUUCAUCUCUAUGACGAGCUGAUUGAAUCCCAACCCAGUAAGAAACGUUUUCUUAUUAAUCAAGCAACUUCAAAACGUCGCAACCAUUUGAGUACCAACAUCGGGCCACGGAUAGACGCCACAUUGAAGGACUAUGAAAAUUUCCUAGUUCUAUGGGGUAUGGAUCGGAAGCAGGCUAGGGGCCGCUGUUCUCAAAUCAGCUCCCACAAGAAUGAGCGAUUCACACGCGAAGAACUGUGCAAAGGGCUCGGCUUUCUACCCGAACAACCGGCAGGGCUGCGCGAGGUGGAAAUUCUCUGUCGAGAUAUGCCCAUCAGAAAGAGCGAAUCAAUUCAAGUCAUCGUGUUGAAUGCACUUAAUUCCAAUUCUUCCAAAAAGGAUGUAGUAGCGGAAAUAAAGCGAGAGGUUGAGAACAUUUAUGGCCCACAAUGGAACGUCUUCAUAGCCAAUGGCCACUACUGGGCUGUCUGCACGCACAGACCUGGCGGCAAUCUUGUCUUCUCAUACCAGGGCGUUGUCUAUGGCGUCUAUCACUCACCAGAACGAUGUGCUGACGAUAGCAACUACGAAUUUCACUUCACACACCCUUGCAGGUUUGAGCCCACAAAUAAAAUGGAGCGGUCUGCGCAACCAGAAAAGCUCGUUCAUUUAUAUGAUGAGCUCACCGAAUCCCAAAUAGGUAAUGUGUCGGCAAUAAUAAUCUUACCCGUUCUGCCAGGCAUUUCGACAAAGACUUAUCAUAAAUAUCUACUUAAGUGGGGCAUCGAUGAAGGCGUUGCAUCGCGAAUAUGUUCUUCCAUUGAUCCAACGGGCAAAGGCACAAUCACACGAGAGGCCCUCUGCGACACUCUCAAAUGCUGGCCGAAUCAACCCGCGAUUCUUAGGGACGUGGAAGUGAUUGAGUCUGACAUGUCAUCUAUGAAACGGGAGUCAAUAAUCCUCCUCAUGCUCGAAGUAGUCUCAGAGAGGAGACAAAAAAAGGAGACUAUUGAGGAAAUUCGACGGCGACUGGAAAAAGUUUACGGUGAAGGAUGGAGCUGCUAUAUUGCCGAGGGACGCUUUUGGUCUGUUUGCGCCCAUCGCCAGGGCUCUAAUUUGGCUUUUGUGUACAAAAAAAUGGUCUAUGGUGUUUUUCAGACCCCUCUUGCGAAAUAA